GCCUGUUGCAGCCCCUCACAAGCCUGAACGGCUCAGGAAGUGCUUUCCCCACAGGAUGCUGGGGAACAGAAGGUGUUUCUCCUCGAUUCCUGCAGGGAAUACGUGUGCGCGGUACACAUACCGUCCAAACGGGGGCGGCUCACAACCCGUCCGGAUGUCCCAACCAGAGUUAAAGUGGGCUUGCCGAGGCAGCUCUGGGGAGUUGCUCCGGGCGGCGAUGGAUUCAGCCAGGUUAUAACGCUCUGGAACGGCUUUUUCCCAUUGAGAACACUCAGGGAGGAAGACAAGAUCCGAUGGAGCAUUGCGUCUGGAGAGGCGUGGAGGCGGGAGGAGCGGAGACACCCAGUACACGGAGCCCUCCACAUCCCAAAGGAAGAAGUUGCAUUCCUUUUUUCCUUUGUUUCUCUUUUGGGAAAUCCUGGGCUCCAGGAACCGGGAGGCGAAGGCCCAGGUCUGAGGCACGUGUCCUCAGGCCACAGAGCAGAGGAGGCCCAGGCAGCGCCAGGAGUCAAGGUCCGUGGUCCCCACCUGUCACCCCUGCCCAGACUCCCGUCGGCGGCCCGACCCCAGUCAUCAGGGCCCUGGUCGAGAUGAGCGAGCUGCGCCAGCCUGAGGCUGACCUUCAGGCCCCAGUCCAGGCCCAGGGCCCCGUGGAGGCGCAGGUGUUCGGGGCUGCGGGCGAGGAGGCCGCCUCCCCCUCGUCCUCCUCCUCCCCCGUCGCCCCCUCCUUCUCCGCCUAUGCCGAGUCCUUGCCCCAGGAGGCACUUACUGUGCUGAUGGCUGACCUGGUGGCGUUCCUGCUCCUCAAGUAUCGCACCAAGGAGCCGAUCUGCAAGGCGGAGAUGCUGAAUAUGGUCCUCGGCGACCAUCGGGACCACUUCCCCGUGGUCUUCAGCCAAGCUUGCGAGUGCAUGCAGCUGGUGUUUGGCGUGGACGUGAAGGAGGUGGACCCCCGCGAGUGCACCUACGUCCUGGUCCCCACCCUGGGCCUCACCUGUGAUGCAGUGCUGAGCGAUGGGCAGAGCAUGCCCAAGGCCGGCCUCCUGGUGCUGAUUCUGGGCCAGAUCGCCCUGUACGGUGACCGCACCCCUGAGGAGGAUGUCUGGGAAUUGCUCAGCAUCAUGGAGGUGUAUGUAGGGGAGCAGCACUGCAUCUAUGGAGAGCCCAGGGAGCUCCUCACCGAAGUGUGGGUGCAGGAGGGCUACCUGGAGUACCGGCAGGUGCCCCAAAGCGACCCCGCCCGCUACGAGUUCCUGUGGGGUCCCCGGGCCUACGCGGAGACCAGCAAGUGGCAGGUCCUGGAGCAUCUGCUCAGGGUCAAUGGAUGGGAUCUCAGGUCCUUCCUAUCCCUGUGUGCAGAGGGUGUGAGCGAUGAGGAAGAGGGGGCCUGAGCCAGAGCAGCAGCCAGGCUCCUUCCAGGCCCAAGUUCACUGGUAGGAAGUGAGGU